GCCUAAUGGGGAGGACUGGCAUCUAUUUUUUUUUUCCCCACUUCAAGCACUGGUGCUAACGGAGCUCAUGCAAUUGCUUUGUGACGAGUGAACGAGUCCAAGAGUCCAAGACUAAAUGCCAAACUCUACUUGUCCAUAAUUGAUGAUGUGAUUGAGAGUAUGAGGGAGCUGUUCAUGGAUGAAGGGCUUGAAGACAGGGUCCUGGACGAUUUAAGACACCUUUGGGAGUCAAAGAUGAUGCAGUCAAAAGCAAUGGAAGACUUUAGGAAAAACAAUAUCAACUCAUCCAACUUUGUGCUGCAGCUCCCCGCCAACUACAGUCAGACUAAUCAUGAACUCACAGGCUCAGUUGUGAUCCCUGCAAGUCAGAAUAUUCACCGUUUCCCAAUCAAGAACAACUCAGAGACACUUGCUACUUUUUCUCUCCCUGCUGGGUUAUCUUACCCUGUGCAGAUACCAGCUGGAGUCACUCUACAAACAGCUUCUGGUCAACUUUACAAGGUCAACGUUCCUGUUGUGGUUACUCAGGCCCCAGCAGGUCAGCAACCUGUAUCUCAACCCACACAGAAAGUCACUGAGUGGAGAGAAGCGCCUGGCCCUCAGUCAGCUGCAGUCCCACCAAACACUGUCCAUCCUCAGGAGGUUGAGCCAUCGUCUGUUCCAGCUACUUCUGUCACAAAGCCGCCACAUCCAAACUCCAGUUUACCCCCCGGUCAGCAGAGCAGUCUCCCCCAGAAGCCUCAAGUUCCUGCUGCUGAGACCUUGCAGCUUCAGGGGGCCCAAUUGCCAGAGCUCACGCCGGAAAAGAACGAGCUGAGUCCACAACCUGAACCUGUGAACCUCAGUAUGAAUUCCUCACCCUGCAGUCAGCUAUUAGACUUCCAGAUCAGCACGGAGGAGGCUUUGACUCGGGCGUCAAAGACCAGAGACAUUGACGACAUCCUGAAAGAAGUGAUCGAGGAGGAGAGAGAGAAAGCAGAAAGGGCUAGGAGUCUAGUGCCUGCUAAGACUGACAACCAGUCUGAGGCUGUCCUUGGGCUGGACCUGGAUUAUAGCUACAGCCAGCUGUCAGACAUCGUUCAGCUGGAUGGUCCUGCUGACAACUCUGACAUUGAGGAGGAAGAGGGAGUUCCCCUGGAAGAAAAUGACUUUCUGGGUAUAAUCAAUGCAGAGGCCAUAAAGGCUCUGCAGGAAGGAGAUGGCAGCAGUGACGGCAACAGCAUCUCCUCCAGCAGCGACGGCGAGGGGGCAGAUGAUCUCGUUAAUGCAGAGGAAGAGGAUCCUUUGAAUUCAGGUGAUGACGUGAUUGAGCAGGACAUCCCCGAUCUCUUUGACACUGACAAUGUAAUCGUUUGCCAGUAUGACAAAAUCCACCGCAGUAAGAACCGCUGGAAGUUUCAUUUGAAAGAUGGAGUAAUGUGCUAUGGAGGCAGGGACUAUGUGUUCUCUAAAGCUGUUGGGGAAGCCGAGUGGUAAUGAGCUUUAGAUUUCUUGCAUACAUCAGAUAAUCGUGUUGAAAGAAGGGGGAAAAAAAGGAUUUGAAAGGGCAAAACAAUCAGUGAAUUUAGACCUGUAAUUUAGCUCACGGAGCAGGCUGUUUAAAACACCACUGUCCAAAAUCACUGAUACUUCUGUUUUAGUUUUUUGCAUUAUGUAAUUAUCAGAGCAAUACUGCAAGUCAUUUACUACCAAUUACUUAGUGUUGCAUUUGAAUCCAAUCUAAGGCAAACAACAUGAAUUUAUGUUGUAUAAUAUUGUGCGGAGAAUAGUUUACUUUAUUAGUGGAGCAAAACAUUAUUUGACCUGGACUGUGUAUUCUUCUGUCGUGAUUAUGUUGCUUUGAAGGUUCGUAAUGUGCUAUUUGAUUUUCAAACAUUGUAAUGUCUUGCCUUUAAUCUUGCUUAAAACACACUGAGGUGCACUGUUGUGCUGCAUUUAAUAAACCUUUUUUUCUUUCUGUGCAACCCUGUA